AUGACGCCUCUUGAGCUCGCCGCGAGUGGAGCGGCUAUCUACCCUCUGCACAUGAGACGCGCGACCGUAAGCUCUUCCGUACGCUCUACUACCGGUGGUGAUGGCGCGGGAAUCUACCACCUCCAUCACAAGAAUGGCGGCAAUGGCUCCUGCACCCACCUGACCUGUACUCGCAUCUUCACCCAAGAGUUUCGCUGCGCUGUCUGUGUCCGCAGAGGCAGCUUGGGCUGGAUUUACAGAUGCACGCAGGAUCGGGAGUUGCUCUUGGAGAGAGACAUCGAGGCCGGCGUCGAGGACAAGCUCGACGAAUUGUGCGACCUCUUCAAGGGGAUGGCUCACAAUCCGCGCAGCAGGAGUGCCGCUGCGAGGAUGCGUCCUUCGAGUGUCUUGACAGAGAUCAGUGAGAAGGAGCUCAAGGGGUACACUGGCGAGCAACUGCACAAAAUCCUCCGCCAGAGAACCCAUCUCCUUGAUGUCCUUACGCACGCCAACUACGCCGACCCAAAGUUCUUCCCUGAUCUUCAAGACGGCGUCGAGCAGCCUGAUAUGAAGCCAUGGUUGCCUCUCCGCGAUGGCGAGUGUCAAUUCAAAGUCUGCCAUACUUGCCGCCCCAACUUCCAAGAGCGUAGUUUCCUUAGCCUGAACGGCAUUGCCCGCAACGAUAUCCCUCCUACCGCCAUCACGGGUUUCGGAUUCCACUUGCGCAAGGCGCGUCCGGUCUCACUGGUCAAGCAUCACCCAGCUCGCCAAGGUCAAAAAACCCCUCCCCGAACUCUGCCUCCCAGACCAAGAACCAGUCCCAACAGCAAGCCCCGGGGCAUCGUCAAGCGCCGUCCUGGCAGCAUCGGCCUCGGUAUCUUCGCCACAGAGAAACAACAUGAGUCCGCCGCUCGACCACCUACUCCCAAAGCAGUCAGCAGCCAGCAGGGCCUGAUGCUCCCACCCGCUAGCACCACACCCCUUCGUCGCGCCGCGGCUUCAGCCCGUCCGUUUGCCGUCAAAGUCAACGCACCGGUCAAUAUCCGUCAGCCAAGUGCAGCCCGCUUGUCCUGGCUUAAUGCCAACCGUCGUCACUCCCUCGCUACCACUACAGCCACAGUGGCAUCACCAACACCAAUGGAGCUCGACAUGAACACCACCCCAGCCGCUCUAAACCCCAUGGAGCUUGACAUGGAUACCACUCCAGCCCCUCUGACUCCCAUGGAGCUAAGCGAGCAGUUCGGUGACUUUGGUAGCGAGCCUUUGGAUGUGAUGGAAGGCGUUGCUGUUACUGAAGAAGGUGUUGAGAUGCAUGUCGCGGAUGUUAUCAUGCAGCACUGA